GCACAGCUUCAUGGGAACGGUAGUCCGGCUCCCUAACGCCCCAAAAUGGAGUUCCUGAUUAAUGGGGACGGGAAGCAGAGAACACGAAGUGAGCGGGACAUACAAAUAGACCCUGUUUGCGUCCACUCCACGGUAGACGGCACAGCUUGGGACUAAGUACAGAUUUCACGAAGUAGAGCGACACGAGUUCCCGCGAGAUUUCAGACUGCGCGCAUUAAGCGCUUCUGGAGAAAGCGAGGAGGGGCCCCGGAGGAAGAGCCGCCGCCGGUGUCUGAUGGCAGGAGCUGGGGCGACCGUACUGCUGCGAGAGGAGAACGGCUGCUGCAGCCGACGCCAGAGCAGCUCCAGCGCUGGGGACUCCGACGGGGAGCGCGAGGACUCGGCGGCGGCCGCUCGCGCGCGCAGGCGCUUGGAGGGCCUGCUCAACAAGAACAUGCGCAUUCGCAUGACAGACGGGCGCACCCUGGUGGGCUGCUUCCUGUGCACGGAUCGGGACUGCAAUGUCAUCCUGGGCUCCGCGCAGGAGUUCCUCAAGCCCACGGAUUCUUUCUCAGCCGGGGAGCCCCGUGUCCUGGGCCUGGCCAUGGUUCCUGGGCACCACAUCGUUUCUGUUGAAGUACAAAGGGAGAGCCUGACCUGCCCUCCCUAUCUGUGACUCUUGGCCCUCGGCCCCCACUAGGGAGUUCAGACUGGGAAGCUGUGAUUAUCUGUCUUGCCUUCAUGUUCCCUCUUUCAUCUUCUGAUUAAAGCCUGUGAUCUCCUGAC